GUUCCAGCAGUGGUUCGGUCUGAUACUACUCCAUGGUUACAGCCCUCAUCACCAGAGAUUCGAGACCUGUUCAUAGGACCGUGGUAGAAUGAUAGAAAUGGCGCCAAGUUCUGAUGUUAAUUUUGUUACUUAUUUUAAAAAUCAUAAUAAAGUGCGAGAACAACAAAGUCAUACAGCAAAAGUUCACAGCGUUGGAUGGAGUUGCGAUGGAAAGUAUUUAGCUUCUGGUUCUUUUGACAAAUGCGUUUGCGUUUUUUUACUUAGCACCGAUCGUCUGAAACAAGAAACCACAUUUCGUGGUCAUCUCGGAAGUGUUGAUCAACUUUGUUGGCACGCUUUUCAUCCAGAGUUAUUAUCGACAGCGAGUGGUGAUAAGACAGUGCGAAUAUGGGAUAUGAGAUCUCAAAAAUGUACAGCAAAUAUUGGAACCAGAGGUGAAAAUAUAAAUAUUUCCUGGUCUCCAGAUGGAAAUACGAUAGCUGUUGGAAAUAAGGAAGAUCUUGUCACGUUUAUUGAUGCCAGAGCACAGAAAAUUAGAGCUGAGGAGCAGUUUAAUUUUGAAGUGAACGAGAUUUCUUGGAAUAAAGACUCUGACACAUUUUACUUGACCAAUGGACAAGGUUGUGUACACAUUUUAAGUUAUCCAGAUUUGGAAUUACUUCAUGUAAUCAAGGCUCAUCCGGGUACAUGUAUUUGUAUUGAAUUUGAUCCUACUGGGCGAUAUUUUGCAACAGGAUCAGCUGACGCUCUUGUAUCUCUUUGGGAUGCCGAAGAAUUGUGCUGUUUGAGAACUUUUUCAAGACUGGAAUGGCCAGUGAGAACAAUUUCUUUCUCCUACGAUGGAAUGCUCCUUGCUGCAGCAUCCGAAGAUCUUGUAAUUGAUGUUGGAGAAGUUGAAACAGGAGAAAAAAUAACUGAUAUUCCUGUAGAGGCUGCAACAUUUACUGUAGCAUGGCAUCCCAAACAGUAUUUAUUAGCUUACGCUUGUGAUGAUAAAGAUACAUACGACAGGAAAAGAGACGCUGGAAGUUUAAAAGUAUUUGGAUUUCCAAAUGAAUAAAAAAGUGCCAUUUAUUGUAAGAAGUAACAUAUAAGUAUAACGGUUAGAAUUUAUAAGUUAAAAUAUAGUGGAAACUAUACAUUCUUUUAAUUUGCAAUUUUGAAAGAAAAAUUUCCCAAAAUUAAUUAUUUUCUCAUGUAAAUAAUUUUGAAUUUUACAGUUUAAUAAAAAUAUAUAAAUUAAUAAAA